AUGCCAAAGAGAACGCUGUUCACCAACAUCACACCUCUACCCCCUCAAGUCUCGCGAGAGGUCGCGAUAGCUAUGCUUCAUAAUCACGAUGAAAUGAUCGAACUCAAUCCCCUGGUUAUCGAACACCACCCCAUCAAGACCCCAAGAGAUGCACCGGCCGAUGAAUUCCUCGACUGCGUUUGGCAACAACUGACGGAUAGGGUGUCUUAUGUGCCUGGGCUAGUAAAGGGGAAAGUCAGCUACAAAGCAUGUUUUCAUGACACACCCUAUGGACUUCAAACCCAUAUCUACGCACCCACUGGGCUGGAUAUUCGAGAGAAAUGGUCAAUAGGCGGCACACUGCCUGGUGAGCCACCGGAAGCCAGAGAACUAGGCGUUGAAGUGCCGAGACAAGGCCUAUAUUUACGGGAAGACUGCGACAUGCGAUGCAAUAGAAUGCUCUCUGGGUUUGUGCGAAAGAACCUCGACAACGCUCACAAGGUGCUGGUGGAGCGCAUUAUGAAGAAAGCUGAACGAGUAGAGGAGCAUGUGCAGAGCAAUGGCGGACCACAGGUGACGCCGGCCAGCCCGAUCCCCCAUUUCCAGCCCGGUUCACACAUGGCCAAGUCACAACUUCUCAACACCCCGAUCGAUCGACCUUUGUCUCCGCAGAUGCUCUCACCUCAACAGGAUCUCGGCUGGCAGGGAAUGGCCAAUCACCCUGCCUUUCGUACGGACGACAAGCGGACGAGCAAUUAUGGCCCUCCCGCAUAUACUGUGCCACAAAAUGGUAUGGGCUACUAUGCUCAGAUCCAUCAUCAACCACCACAAGAGCCCAAGUCAUUUGUGGCCGAACUGCCGGGAUCAACCUACCACACUGCACAUCUGACACCACCGAACGACUACAAUCUACGCGCUAAUAACCGUAUGUCCAUGGUUUCGGAAUUGUCAAGUUCGGACGUAACGCAGAAAGGUUCACCAAACCUGCGGACCAACUCUGAUCGGAUGAGUACAAUUUCAGAUAUGACCAACCAGUAUCGGUACAGCACACAAUAUGGAAUGAGCACCAGUCAAUCUGAGUCUUCUGGACCUUCGGAUCGCUUCAGCAUGCUCCCCGAGCUGGCCUCUCAGCACCAAGAGCUGCAAUCAGCAGACACUAGAAGUGCGUCUUCACUGCGAUGA